AUGGUCGGCAUGAACGCUUUCUUAGCGGCGACGAACUUCAUCGCCCUAUCGUCUACAUCGCUAGCCGACAACCGCGCAUGCUACUAUCCUGAUCAAUCCCAAGCUCUCACAGAUGUCCCCUGUGGUAAUGGCACGGAGGUCGCUUGCUGUGGUUCUGGUGAUAUUUGUCUUUCAACCGGUUUCUGUCUUUCCAUCGAACAACAGCCAUACGCUCUGUCUAGAAAAUCAUGCACGGAUAAAAACUGGGGGGUCAAUUGCCCCAACUACUGUCUGCAGGAAUCAAGUUAUAACUUGACUUGGGUUUCCGUUGUUCUAUACUCAUUCCUUGAGAACGUUUCGCAAUAUUGCUGCAACAAUAUCGUCGACUCAGGUGGUUCGGCCGUCUGCUUAAAUAAUUUACCUACCUUCACAAUGCCAAACGCCGAAAUCGUGCCAGACACCAAUCUCCUGGCCGGCUACGCCAAGGACAAUUCUUCUUCUACAGCAACGAAUAACACCGAAUCAUCAUGCAAUGCGACAAUUAGUGCGUCUUCAAUGCCACCACAAAACUCGUCAGCCGCAGCAGAUAGGAACAGCAAUAGUAGCGACCAUGGUGUCGCCAUCGGCGCCGGCGUUGGAAUUCCCCUGGGCCUUAUCGCACUCGCCUCGAUUGGAUGGGCGUUAAGAGAGCGACGAAGAUUCCAUGCCGCUGUAGUUGGUGCAAGGCCUCAGUCAACUCAGGGAUAUAAAAUGGCCGACUCUAACAAUAAUAUCUACAAGGAUAACAAUAAUAGCUCGCACACCCAGCACACGCAACUAGUGAGCUCGCAAUACGGCGGUUAUCCUAAUAAUGGCGGCGCUACAUCGACCAGUACAUACCGUCAGCCACAGUCCAGACUCACGGAGAUGGAAUCUACGGCGCUAGUCGAGCUGGAUAACGCGAGAACAGGCUAGAGAAUGACCAUGAUACUAUUAAUGGUUUCAUGUGGAAAAACGGAAAAGUAAACGAUGGAGACGAUCUACCGUUGUACGGACUCCUUAUAUCUGAUAUUGGGGGGGGGGGUUUAAUUCUUGCCGGUGGGUAUUUCCAGGUAAAUGGUAAUUCCAGCAUGCAAACAAUAUUUUAUAUGUACACAGCUAUUUUAUUGGUUAACUAGGGGAAUAUAAUAAUAUCCAUAUACUAGUCGCUAUACUGUACAAGAUAUAU